UCCGCCUUUCUCUGCUCACGCAGACCCUAUUCUAAAACAGCUUAGUAACCGUCUCCUCCUUUUUCUCUUUCGCCUUCUUGCCUUUUCUCAUUGUUUCUAGAGUCUUCGUCCCUAAUAAGGAAAAAAGAAUCGUUUUUCUUUUUUAAUUUACAGGAGAAUUGGUUUAAGCAGAGAAGAAGCCUGAAUGUUGUAAUGGAGACCAAAGGUGGGAAGAGGAAGUCCAAUAGUAGUAGUAGUGACAAUUCUAUUCAAUACGAAGCUCCCCUCGGUUACAGCAUUGAAGACGUUCGUCCUAACGGUGGCAUCGAAAAGUUCCGCUCUGCUGCUUACUCCAACUGCGUGAGGAAGCCAUCCUGAUAUUCUCCUAUCCAAACGAUGCCAUUUCCCGUAGACUAGGUUUUUCUCAUUCUCUGUGUUCCUGUCUUCUUCUUCUGUUUUCCUUGUUGAUUUCGAACCUUGAAAAACAUUAACGACUAAAGAAUUUUAAUAAAAGAAACUCUCAGCAAUGGCGAUUGAUUCUCUUUCUUCUCCUCCUUCACCAAUCGGAUUCGAAGGUUUUGAAAAACGUUUAGAGAUAACUUUCUCUCCAGCUCCAAUUUUCACCGACCCGUCUGGGAUUGGUCUCCGAGCUCUGACUCGUUCCCAACUCGACUCAAUUCUCGAACUCGCCCAAUGCACCAUUGUUUCUCAUCUCUCCAACUCUGAGUUCGACUCUUACGUUCUAUCCGAGUCGAGCCUCUUCGUCUACCCACUAAAGAUAAUCCUCAAAACUUGUGGGACAACCAAACUGCUUAACUCGACCCCCCAGAUUCUCAAACUCACUGAGGCACUCUCACUCGAUGUUUCCUCUGUUAAGUACACCCGUGGCAGUUUCAUUUUCCCAAAUAGGCAACCUGCCCCUCAUCGGAGCUUCUCCGAAGAAGUCUCCGCCUUGAACGAGUACUUCAGUUCCUUAAAGGAAGUUGAGGCUUAUGUGAUAAACGGCGAUCCGAACUCUGGUAGUCGUAACUGGCACAUUUACUCGGCUGCGAAGGAGAAGUCAUCGGACGACGUGGUGACGAUUGAGAUGUGCAUGACUGGGUUGGACGAGAAGAAAGCCGCCGUGUUUUUCAAAAACUCGGCUGGUGCUGGUGAAAUGACGAAACUGUCCGGGAUUAAUGAUAUUAUUCCAAGUCACGUGAUCUGCGACUUCGAGUUUGAUCCCUGUGGAUACUCUAUGAACGGGAUUGACGGUGCAGCGUACUCUACGGUGCACGUGACCCCAGAGGAUGGUUUUAGCUACGCGAGCUACGAGGCCAUGGGGUUUGACCCAUGGUCCGUGAGAUUUGAGCCGUUGGUCAAGAAGGUCCUUGCAUGUUUUCAAUCACGUGAGUUCUCCGUAGCCGUCACGUGCAACAGCGGGACCCAAUGGUGGGCCAUGGAAUGUGCUGACAUGGAGAGGUACACAUGUGAGACUGUGGUAAAGCAAAGCCUGCCAGGUGGUGGAAUAAUGGUGUACAAGAACUACUCGCCUGCGAAGUUGAAAGUUGGAUGCGCAGUGCGCACACCUGCUAAAGUGACUGAACGGUGCUGGAAGGAAGUGGACGCCGCGGCGGAGGACGUUUGCGGUGGGAGCAGCGUGGCCAUUUGUCCUUGUGUCGCUACAAUUUGAAUGAAGGUGUCAGCUUCUCAGUGUGUCACAGCGAGACAUGUUGCCGUUACUCGAGUGUUUAGUUUUUAUAAUUAAAUGGGUUUGAUUUUAUUUUAUUUUGAUGUAAUGUUAUGAAACUUGUUUCUAUUGGAUGGAUUAAUAAUUAUCAUUCUCUGAGAUUAUCUUUA